AUGGCCAAACCAACCAUCAUCGGACUCUACGGCAUAUCCGGCUCCGGCAAGUCGUAUCUACUCAACCACCUCAAGACCGAAAUAGCACUCCAGGCCCAAGGCUUCGCCUUCUAUGACGGCAGCGAGGUGCUCGCGCACGUCACGCCCGGCGGCCUUGACUCCUUUAAGCUCCUCGAUGCGGCUGCAAAGCAAAGUAGAAUCGAAGCCGCGCUUGCCCUCAUCACCCAGACAUGUCUGGACCGAGGUGAAACGGCUGUCGUCGCGGGGCACUACAUGUUCUGGAACCCCGGCGUCGUGGUCGCGGUCGAGAAGGACUGGCAGACGUACACUCACAUCGUCUAUCUCGACACGGCCCCAGGCGUGAUUGCGCAGCGCAUCAGCGCAGAUUUGACACGGCACCGCGUUGUCGUCGAUGAGGACGGACUGCGGUCCUGGCAGGACAAGGAGAAGGAGGACUUACGCGCCAUUUGUAGAGAGAAGGGAAUUAUAUUCACGACGCUGCGAGAAAAGCCAGGAGAUACAAAUGCGGCUUACCUCGCCCACGCCUCGACUCUGCUCAUGGACUUAAAAUGCCACACCGAAGCCGCGAAUCUUGCCAACGUAGAGCGCGCCUUGGGCCUCGCCCUACCGCACCUGAACGACCUGGAAAAAGUCCUGCUCUUCGACGCAGACAAGACGCUCGCGCCGCAGGACACUGGCACCCUGUUCUGGGAACUCGCUGCGACCUUCCCGGCCUGUCCGCUCAAAGCUCUCUUCACAGCUCAGCCAUACUCGUACCACUCGUUCCGCCAGGCCGCGCUGUUGUACGAAGAAGAGGCGCCACGCUUCGACGCGCUGUGCGACCGCGUCGCCGCCACCGUCGACAUGUACCCCGAGAUGAAGGCACUGCUUGCGCGCGCGGCCACAGAGCCACACGUCGGUGUCGUGCUCGUUACCUGCGGGCUGCGCCACGUGUGGGAGAAAGUACUUGCGCGCGCCGACCUCUCCCACGUCUCCAUUAUCGGCGGCGGACGCCUGUCCGACGGCUACGUCGUCACGGGCGCAGUGAAAGGCCACAUCGUCGACCUGCUGCACGCGCAGCGAAUCCGCGCAAUUGCCUUUGGUGACAGCCCGCUCGACAUGCCCAUGCUGCAGCGCGCAGACGAAGCGUACGUCGUCUUCAGCGACAGCUGCUCCAUGGACGCCGCGCUCACCGCCGCGAUCGCACGCGGAUACACAUUCGCCCAGGUCCUGGGACCCGCUGCGUCCACCGUCCUGCCCUCUGUCUCCCUGGAUGCCAUCGACCUCGCCCCGCGUCGCAAUCUCACACUCGCCCACCCGACCACCGCGCACCUCCUCGCCACGCCCACGCGCGACGCAGCGCUCACGGGCCAUGCGCUGCGCGCCGCUCACGCAGACAUGGGCUACUACCUCACGCUCGCGCACGUGGCGCCGCUGCUCGGCCCAGAACAGUACGCCAUUUUGCAUGUGCAGGGCACGCCGACUGACGGGCACCGCGUGCGGUUCGAAGGCAGCACGCUAAUUGUGCCGCUGAUGCGCGGCGGCGAGUCUAUGGCUUUCGGCGUGAGUCGCGCAUUACCGCAUGCUUCGUUCGCGCACGCGCGGCACUUCGCCGACAUUGUCGAGGGUCAGAUGCGUGGGGUGCGCUGCAUGGUGGUUGUGGACUCGGUGGUAAACUCUGGGGCGUCGGUUUUAGCGUUUGUGGCCGACGUGCGGGCGCUUCAUCCGGCGCUGCGCGUGGUGGUGGUCGCGGGCGUGGUGCAGGCUGGUGCCGUGGAGAGCGGGAGCGCGCUGAUGCAGGCCCUGGAAAAGGAUCGGAAUCUGAGUGUUGUGGCGUUGCGGGUGUCGGGGAACAAAUACAAGGGGAAGGGCGGGACGGAUACGGGGCAUCGCUUGUUCAAUACGACCAUGUUGGAGUAG